AUGACAGGGAUUCACAUAAACUUUCAGAAUUGUAGGGGACUGAACACGAAAACUGCGGAAUUCUAUAAAAAUUGCUUGGAAGGUAAUUAUGAUGUAGUAGUAGCUGUAGAAACAUGGCUUCGGGAGGAUAUGGUUGAUGGAGAACUAAUUGAUAUAAAUGUAUUUAACUUAUUGAGAUCUGACAGAAACCAGGAGAUUUCUGGCAAAACUAAGGGAGGAGGAGUAUUAAUGGUAAUAAAAAAGGAGCAUAAGCUUUUAAAAGUAACACAUCAUUGUUCAUCUUUUGAAAUUUUGGUUGCGGAUUUAAAAAUUAAUAACAAAUUAAGUAUAAAAUUAAUUGGAGUGUAUAUUCCACCAGAUUGUAAAUUACAUGACUAUGCGAAUUGCUUCGAAUUGUUACAAACACAUAUUACUGAUAUUAAUAACACGUUUAUUUUUGGCGACUUCAAUAUUGCAGAAAUUAAAGGAACCGAAAAUCUAGAUUUUACUAAUGGAAGUGCUAAGUUUAAAAGUAUGAUUGAGUUUUUAAAUUUUAAUUCAUUUUUGCUUUAUAACAAUGUAAAAAACUGGCAGGGCAAAUCUUUAGAUCAAGUAGUAGCAUCUGCAGAUAAUAUAAAUAGUUGUAAGGUAUGUCAAGAGCAGUUACCGUUAGUAAAGGAAGAUAGAUUACAUCCAUCUCUGGAAAUUCAACUUUCAUUUACAGUAUCAAGUUUUAGACAAACAGAUAAGUUAGUUGGUAAUAGAUUUAAUUUUAAAAAAGCAAAUUUUGAUUUGAUGUGUGAUUUGAUGAGAAAUAUGACGUGGGAAGCUGUAACAGAGGAAAUAGAGGUAGAUAAAGCUCUAGAUAUCUUUUACUCAAAAGUACUUAAUAUAUUUGAAGGAUCUGUACCACAAUAUAAUAUUUACAAGAAUUAUUCUAAUUUUCCGAAAUGGUUUACGCCUGAUAUCAAAAAGUUGCUCAAACAAAAAAAUAAUUUUAGAAAGUUAAGACAUGUUGCAAUGUAUUUUAACAAUCAAUUUAUAGAGACCAGAAAAAAACUGAAAUCAUUAAUUAACAUAGAGCACAGGAAAUAUAUACGGCAAAUUGAGGAAAAUAUAGAAAAUGAGUUUAACAAUUUCUGGAAUUUCAUUAAUAAUAAGAAUUCUAAAUCUAAUCAAACAGAAAUAUUUUAUUUUGGGGGUAAAGAAAUAAAUCAGAGUGAUACUGCUAAUGAGUUUGCGAACUAUUUUGAAUCUGUUUAUUCUAGCGACAUUUCUAGCUAUAACACUAAUUUUACAAAUAUUAUUAGUAAUAACAAUGUUUUUAAUUUACCAUCAAUAACAAGCGUAGAUUAUGAUAAUGCAGUCAAAAAGCUGAAACCAAAGAAAGCUGCCGUUAAUUCUAAACACAUAUCACAACUAUUUACAGAUCACAUAGAACAAGAACCUGAGUCUCAAGGUGAGUCUGACGAAGAAGAAGAAUGUGAAUAUUUUAGCUCAGAUGAAGAAGUACGAGAACUGCACAGCAGGCGAUAUAGAAAGGUUUCAGGAAAUUGUAAUCAUAAUGAUGGCCAACGUUUGAAUACGGACACAUCAUCUAAAGAAGAAGAAUUUGCCUAA